AUGCUCGGUUCGGAGCGCGUUGGCGUCACGACAAAGAUUGCCGAAGUCCAGCAGUGUCCUUUGUCUUUCCCAAUUAACGUGUCUACAUACUUGUCGGAUAUUUCAUUGUCGCAAUUACGCAUACAUCGCGCCAAAUCCUCCCAAACCCCCACGCGACCACCAUGA